AUGGCGACGAACGCGGCAGCCGACGGCUGGCUCUCAUCGCAGCUGGCCAGCGACGGUCGCAGGGAGGCGGAGAUUCUCUCCCGCGCGUGGUUCCAGCUCCGCCUCUCCAUUCGCGCUCCCAAUCGCUUCCCUCCGUGGGACGCGCUGCUGAUCACCGCUGCGAGUGACGCUCAGGCUGACCUUUACUCCAGGCAGCUGGCAGCAGCGCGGCACAAUGGGCACAUUGCAGCGGAGACCAUCGUGCUGGCAGUGCCGGACAGGGAGGGGAAGCGGAUCGGGUCUGGCGGAGCGACCCUGGGAGCCAUCCGGGCAUUGAGGGAUCAUCUGGGGGAGGUGAGAUGA